CAGCUGGGAAGAAGGAGAGAGAAGAGGAACGUCGACGGUGACCCCCGAUUUUCUCCGAUUUAUCUGCGUUCAAGAGGAUAAACAUGCGCAAUGACUUCUGGACUGGAGUCUAUGAAGAAGAAGGUGUACCACGCAGCAAAGGAAGGACUCUCGAUAUCCUUGUAUGCUCACCUCUCUGUCACGCCCCGGGAGGAAUGUCAGGAGCUGUUAGGACAGGUUGUGGAAGAAGAUGGCCAGAAAUGUACUCCACUAUUGAUAUCAGCUCGGAACGGCCAUGAAAAGGCUGUGAGAACUCUCUUAAAGUUUACUCCUGACCUUGAGCAAGAGGGAACUGUCAAAUUUGACGGCUAUGUAAUUGAGGGGGCAAGUCCGCUUUGGUGUGCUGCAGGUGCAGGUCAUCUAGGAGUAGUGAAAAUGCUGGUGCGAAACGGGGCAGACGUGAACCACCCAACGAAAACAAACUCGACCCCUCUUAGAGCCGCUUGCUUUGAUGGACGCUUAGACAUUGUGAAGUACCUGACAGAUCACUGUGCUAAUAUUCAUAUAACUAAUAAAUACAACAACACUUGCUUGAUGAUAGCAGCUUAUAAAGGGCAUGUUGAUGUUGUACAGUUUUUGUUAGAACUUGGUGCGAACCCGGAUGAAAAGGCCCACUGUGGUGCGACAGCCCUCCACUUUGCGGCUGAGUGUGGGCAUGUGAAGAUUGUGAAAGAACUAUUGGCGCAUGGAGCUAAAAUUACCAAAAAUGAACAUGGCAUGACUCCCCUAAUUGCUGCGGCUGAGAGAACAAGAGCAGAUGUCGUUGAAUAUUUGAUAUCAAGGCCUGACGUUACAAGAGAAGAAAAAGUGGAUGCUCUUGAGCUGCUCGGAGCAUCGUAUGCUAGUGAUAAGGACAAUUAUGAUAUAGAAUUAGCCUACAAAUACAUGAUGCUUGGUAUGAAGGAAAGAUAUAGUGAUGAAGACAAUAUUAUAAGAAAACCAAAAACUGAACCGGUACCCGCAUAUGAAAAUCGUAUUGAGUGCGAAACAGUAGAAGAGCUGGAGGCCAUACUUCAUAUUCCAGCAACCCUUCAUAUGGAGAGCUUAGCCAUCAGAGAACGAAUUCUUGGCCCUCAUAAUCCUGAGGUUCCUCACCCGGUUAUAUUCAGAGGAGCUGUAUUUGCUGAUAAUGCUCGAUUUGAUCGGUGUUUACAGCUCUGGAUCCAUGCUUUAAGAUUAAAGCAGCUAAAUAAAGUGUGUGUUAUGAAGGAUCUCUUGAGAUUUGCACAGGUAUUUUCACAAAUGUUACAUGUUGGUGUGCAGCUAGAAUUUGAAGCUGUGCACGAAGUUUUAGAUGCCACGGUCAUAGAACUUCAAAGAAACCAAGAAAAAAUUCAGUGUCCCGGUCCAAAGGAUGACGUAGAGACAAUAAAGGAUGAAAUGGAAAGCAACAUGAUAACUGCCCUGUACCUUAUCAUGAUUGCUGUCUGCGUGGCCAAAGGUCGGUCCACAUCUGCUCAACUCAACGGUGGCGGAAACGGUGGCAUCGGAAUCAACAACGGGAUUAGGGGUAUAAACGGGGGUGUUGGCCUUGUGGGUAUUGGGGUGGGGGCGCUUGAAGGUGGGGAUGCCAUUAGGCCUUCUUUGCAACAGAGCAACCAGACUGUUGAAAAGGAAUCUCAAGUAUACCAGACAGUUUACAAUCUUGUGAGAGUGCAAGCCAGAACUAGGAGUGGCCAGACACUUCUACACUUGGCUGUCAAUCCUGAUACUCCUGUAGAUGACUUUCACACAAACCAUAUCUGCAGAUUUCCAUGUGCAACAACUACAAAACUCCUUAUUGCAUGUGGUGCCGAUGUCAAUAGUAUGGAUAGCAACCGUAACACCCCCUUACACCUUAUUGUUCCUUACCAGAAGCCUAUAAGUGAUUUUUUGACUUUACACAAUAUCAUAAUGGCACUAAUAGAGAAUGGUGCUCAUAUGGAUACUGUCAACCAGAUGGGAGCAACGCCUUUUGAUUCUGCAACAACAGGUGUUGCAGAGAUCAUCCUUAGAACGCAGAAGAAACUGAGUCUCAAAUGUCUAGCGGCAAAAGUCAUCAAAGUCAAUAGCAUCCCCUACAAGGGUCAAGUUCCUCGUCUUCUUGAGGCUUUCAUUGAGCUACACGGCCCUGGCCAUGUUGAUGGACUAGCCACAAGGCCAAGCAAAAGCGAGCAUCAACUGUAAAAUCUGUUGUCCAAUAGUUAGGAGAAGGAUAGAUGUUUCAACAAAGGACCCUGAGAAACUACAAGUGUUGUGUAGGAGUACAUAUUGGUUUAAUUCACCCUUUAUUUACAGAUAGUUCAUGUUAGUAUGCAAAGCUGAAAUUGUCAUUAUGCAUGUAUGGCUAGUGUACAGUGACAGCACAUUUUAUACAGAUUUCCUAUUAACAUUUCAGCAUUGCAUUACUAAAGUCCAGAUUUUCCUCUGUAAUAUCAUUUGGAUCGUCUUUAGAAAUUCUCAUACAGCAGAUCAUUUGUUCAGGUGUUCAGAGUUGCAUGUAUUUCCAGAGUUCAUCUUGUUGAAAGUGACUUUGUUUUGUUUUAGAAUGAUGUAGUCUUGGAGGUCUGUUCAUUUAUCAUGUUUUCAGUCCAGAUGUCAGUGUAGUUUCUAAAGGACAAAUCAUUUUUUUUUUUUUUUUUUUUUUACAAUGACGGUGAAAGUUCUUCGGAAAGGUGUGCAUUUUGUUAUUUAAAAGAUAAAGGACACAUACAACUUAAUAUAUAUAAAUAUAUAUAUAAUAUGUUUCUCUUUCUCACAAACAUACUAUCUUCCUUUUUCCUCCCCAUUCCUCUUUCCUUCCCUCUACAUCUUCUUCUUCUUCUUCUCCUUCUCCUUCUCCUCCUUCUUCUUCUUCUUCUCCUUCUUCUUCUACUUCUUCUUCUACUUC